AUGGCUAUUGUUUUAAGAUUUGUUGAUAAUGAUGGUUUUCUACGUGAACGUUUUUUUGACAUUGUGUGGGUUGAAGACACUACUGCGUCAACACUUCAAAAAGAGAUCAAGAAAGUACUUGAUCUCCAUGAAUUAUGUAUUGACAAGAUGAGAGGUCAAGGAUAUGAUGGUGCUAGUAAUAUGCGGGGUGCAUGGAAUGGGCUACAAGCAUUAUUUCUUAGAGAUUGCCCAUAUGCAUAUUAUGUACACUGUUUUGCUCAUCAACUACAGUUAGCAUUAGUUUCAGCAUCAAAAGAAGUAGCUACAAUUUGGUUAUUCUUUUCAUCAUUGAAUUCAAUUGUCAAUGUCAUUAGGGCUUCUCCAAAACGUCAUACUGAGUUACAAGUUGCUCAAUCAAUGAAUAUUGUAGAGCUGUUGAUUGCUGUUUGUACGGUUCUUGAGAAUAUAAAAGAGGAUGGAUCCACAGGCUCUUUACGUGGGGAAGCUACUGGUGGAUACAAUGCGAUUAGGCAAUUCGAAUUUGUAUUCAUCUUGCAUCUAUUGAAAGAAAUUAUGGGACUCACAGAUAUCCUUUGUCGAGAACUACAACAUAAGUCUCAAGACAUCGUGAAUGCUAUGAACCUAGUUGGUACAACAAAAGAUGUCCUUGGAAAAUUGAGAUUAAAUGGUUGGGAAACUUUUAUUGGGAAAGUUGAUUUGUUUUGCAAGAAACAUGACAUUGACAUGCCUGAUAUGAAUGCUCAAUAUAAAGUGGGAACAGGUCGUUCUUGUCAACAAAAGGACAAUAUUACAGUUGAGCAUCAUUACCACUUUGACAUAUUCAAUGAUGCAAUAGAUUUUCAAUUGGCAGAGUUGAACAGUAGGUUCAGUGAAGGGGCAAUGGAACUUCUUAUUCUUAGUUCAGCUUUGGACCCUAGUGAUUCUUUUAAAUCAUUUAAUAUUGAUAAAAUUUGCAGCCUUGCAGAGAGAUUUUAUCCUCAGGAUUUCACUCCAAAAGAGUUACAUAUUUUGGGAUGCCAGCUGAAACUUUAUGAGGCGGACGUACCUCAUCAUCCUGUACUUCAAAACGUGUCUACACUCUCUGAAUUAUGUCGGGGAUUAGUUGCAACAAAAAGGUCAAAAAGAUAUCAUUUGAUUGAUAGGUUGAUCCGUCUUGUGCUAACUCUCCCUGUUUCUACGGCAACUACUGAACGAGCUUUUUCAACUAUGAAACUUGUUAAAACAGCUCUUCGCAACAAGAUGGAGAAUGAUUUUCUAGCAGAUUCUAUGGUUGUCUACAUUGAAAAAGAACUUGCUGACAAUAUCAAUUCAGAUGUAAUAACAAAAGAUUUCAAUUCUCUCAAGGAUCGCAGGGCACAACUUCAAUAA